UGUCUCACUCUGAUAUAGCCAGCGAGCGAAGGGCGCCGGCGACUCAGCGGCGAGGGAUUCGAUUGGAUCGAUCUGCGCUAGGGUUCCGGUGGAUGUGGUGGUGCGGGAUCGAUCUCGAUCGAUCGUGAGAAGACAUGGCAGGGCCUUCACUGCCGUUUGAGCUCUGCAAGGACGAAGUCAAUGACCUCGACAAGAUCGUGCUCAGGGAACCCCGAGGCUGCUUCGCCGAGCCACCGCCAACGAGGUCGUCUCCUUCCUUCCCAACCGACGUCCCUGAUUUCACCUCCGCUGCCGCCUUGCAGGCCACCACCGCUGCAGCCGCGCCACAAUCAUCCGAUCUUGAUGCCACCUCUGCUUCAGCGCCGCCCUUGCCAACGCAGUCAGUCACCUCCUUCCCAACGAUGACCGAGGUUCCUCAUUUGACCUCCGCUGCCGUCUUGCCCUGCGCUGCCUGCAGAUUCCGGCACCAGAAGUGCACUGAGGACUGUCUGUUCGCGCCUUUCUUUCCGGCAUCAGAAGACGGUAAAUUCCAGAAGGUUCGCCGCCUUUUCAAGCUCAGUGCUAUACAGGAGAUCCUGGAGUCCCUCCUCCCUCAUAAACGCCCUGUCUGCAUGGCAACCAUAAUUUAUGAGUCGGAGGUGCAUGCUGCCUGCCCAAACACAGGAUGCCUUGACAUCAUCCUUUGGUUACACAACGAGAUCGACCGCAAAGCCGCGUAUCUCGCCUUCCGCCGACAACAUCUUUCAGUAGUCGCUCCUCCUCGUAUUGGCGCCGGAGAUGUUAAUGAGGAAGCAGAGGCAGAGGAAAAAUCUCAGUAA